CGGGGCGGGCACAGACGCAUUUCUCAGUACGCGGAGAGCGGCUCGGCCGCGCGCACGCCGGGUAUCCAGGCCGAGCCGGGAACGCCGAGAGCAUGGCGGUCGCGGGUGCAAAGCGGCGCGCGGUUGCGGCCCCGGCGACGGCGGCGGCGGAGGAGGAGCGCCAGGCGCGGGAGAAGAUGCUGGAGGCGCGGCGCGGGGACGGCGCGGACCCCGAGGGUGAAGGCGUGACCCUGCAGCGCAAUAUCACGCUGCUCAAUGGUGUGGCCAUCAUCGUGGGCACCAUCAUCGGCUCCGGCAUCUUCGUGACGCCCACAGGCGUGCUCAAGGAAGCGGGCUCGCCCGGACUGUCGCUCGUGGUGUGGGCUGUGUGCGGCGUCUUCUCCAUCGUGGGCGCACUCUGCUACGCGGAGCUGGGCACCACCAUCUCCAAGUCGGGCGGCGACUACGCCUACAUGCUGGAAGUCUACGGCUCGCUGCCCGCCUUCCUCAAGCUCUGGAUCGAGCUGCUCAUCAUUCGGCCAUCCUCACAGUACAUCGUGGCGCUGGUCUUUGCCACCUACCUGCUCAAGCCGGUCUUCCCCACUUGUCCGGUGCCGGAGGAGGCUGCCAAGCUCGUGGCCUGCCUCUGCGUGCUGCUACUCACCGCCGUGAACUGCUACAGUGUGAAGGCUGCUACACGUGUGCAGGACGCCUUUGCCGCCGCCAAGCUGCUGGCCCUGGCCAUCAUCAUCCUACUCGGCUUCAUCCAGAUGGGGAAGGACAUGGGACAAGGUGAUACGUCCAACCUGCAGCAGAAGUUGUCCUUUGAAGGCACCAAUCUGGACGUGGGGAACAUUGUGUUGGCAUUGUACAGUGGCCUCUUCGCCUAUGGAGGAUGGAACUACCUGAAUUUUGUCACGGAGGAGAUGAUCAACCCCUACAGGAACUUGCCCCUGGCCAUCAUCAUCUCCUUGCCCAUUGUCACCCUGGUCUAUGUGCUGACGAACCUGGCCUACUUCACUACCCUGACCACCAACCAGAUGCUGACGUCUGAGGCUGUGGCUGUGGAUUUUGGGAACUACCACCUGGGAGUCAUGUCCUGGAUCAUUCCCGUCUUUGUGGGCUUGUCCUGCUUCGGCUCCGUCAACGGCUCUCUGUUCACAUCCUCAAGACUGUUCUUCGUGGGAUCCAGGGAGGGCCACCUGCCUUCUGUCCUCUCCAUGAUCCACCCACAGCUCCUGACACCUGUGCCAUCACUGGUGUUCACGUGUGUCAUGACCCUGAUGUACGCCUUCUCCAGAGACAUCUUCUCCAUCAUCAACUUCUUCAGCUUCUUCAACUGGCUGUGUGUGGCCCUGGCCAUCAUCGGCAUGAUGUGGCUCCGCUUCAAGAAGCCUGAGCUGGAGCGUCCCAUCAAGGUGAAUCUGGCCCUCCCGGUGUUCUUUAUCCUGGCCUGCCUCUUCCUCAUUGCCGUGUCCUUCUGGAAGACACCUGUGGAAUGUGGCAUUGGCUUUGCCAUCAUCCUCAGCGGCCUGCCUGUCUACUUCUUUGGUGUCUGGUGGAAGAACAAGCCCAAGUGGAUUCUGCAGGCCAUCUUCUCUGUGACAGUGCUCUGCCAGAAGCUGAUGCAGGUGGUACCUCAGGAGACUUAGCCACAGGUCCUGGGUGCCGCCCGGAGAGAGCUGCAUCAGACAACUCACCUUCUGAAGAGCAGCAGCCAGGCCUGUCUCCCCACAGCUCCAGUGAACACCACCAGCUACCUAACACCAUCUGCUAUCCCUCAAAGGUCAGGUGUCCACAGUGGCUGUGAAAGAAAACUGGUACGAUUUGGUCCCAGAGGGUGACUGUCCAUGCAUACACAACACCUGGUGUGAGGUGUGCAUGCUGGGACCUGAGGCCUGGUCUUUAACUUUCUGGGGACUGCCGCCACAUCUGGGCUUUCUCCCCUCUGAUUUUUUUGUUUUGUGUUUUGUAGCACACAUUUGGGUCAAGUUUACACUACCGAGAUGAUUAUUUUUUAACAAAACAGGGUAGCAAGGAGCAGGAGAUGGUGUGGCCAAACAGUCUGGCUCUGAGUGUGGGAACUGCUGGCCACAGCUCUUCUCCAAAGGCUGUCGCUCAGUAACACAGUGUGCCUCAAGGGGACCGCAUCACUGUCACCAGGUCGAAAGAACUACUGAGAUCAGACAUCGGCUGUUUCACUGUGGACUUGGACUGACAGAUGGACGGCGCAUACGCUAGCUUGGGCUUUAGUUUUCUGGGGUUCUUAGAGAUAGAACCCCAACCUUGCUCAUGAGGCAGAGCUCCACUGUGGGUCACUUGUUACGUUGUAAAUGUAGAGCUAGGGUCUUGCCACCCUGAAGUCCUGGCCCCAAGAGAAAGAUGUCUGCAGCCAUAGCCCUUACAGCACCUAGCUGUCAGCUGCAGGGCCCUGCGGUGUGCUCUGCUCAUUCACGCAGCAGUGCUCUGGUUCUCCGCACAGCACUCCCCGCCCCAGCUCUCCGAGAACCAGAGAACCAGACCAGCACAUGGCUCUCCCACCCUCGCACCUCGUCUGCCUCCAUCGAUCUUGAGCAGCAUCUGUCAAGUCACCACCAUCCCCUCAGCUCCCCCCUCCCCACCCUGGCCGUUGUUCAGAAGAAUAGGCACCAAGCACCCCUCUGCUCUCUGCCACCCGUGUGGCAUGACCACUCCAGCUCCCCAAGUAUGAAAGCCACUGGCUACAUGUGUGGGACCAUUCUGCAGGCUUCCCACUCUGUUCUGGGGGAGACAGUGGAGUCCAGCCAGCAGCGCAUCUAAUGAUCUGCUUGGUAGGACUCAGGGAUGUAAGAAACCCCUGCUGGCCCCUGCCACUGCCUCAGAUGAAGUGAGGGUGUCAACUGGAGUGGCUACUAUGCAGUUCUUACAUAGUGGUGACUUUUACCACUGGCCACCCUGACGGCUCCUCUAUGCUUCUGGGGUUCCCUUUCACUGGGUCAAGGUCAGAGUGCCUCCUGAAGGUUCUGCCAGAGAUUUGAACUGGGACCUCUUCUCUGGAAAUCAGGGCAGGGUCCUGGGGUGUAUCCUCAGUCACAGCCUUGUGCUCAUAGGGCAGAGAUUCGUGGGCCAUGCAUGGUGCUGACCCAGGCCCUCUGAGAAGGCCCUGCCAUUCCUAUUUGUGACGCCCUGAGGGCGCCCAUAUGUAGGUUUCUGCUUGUAAAUUAAGCCCCCCCCCCCAUCACUUCCAUUUUACCCAGUGCUUUGUAUCUUGGUUUUGUCCUAACUUGUCACUGUCACUGCCCCAAAGGACACACCUGCCUGGCCCCUUUCAGUCAUGAGUGUCUGAGUGGUGUGUAAGGCUGUGUCCCUACAACACUGGGUCCAUCUGCUGUGCUACCUGAGUUAGUGCUGUGGUUGUAAUGUCUUUUACUAUUGUAUUAAUGGCUAGCCUGUUACAUUAGACUGGGGGGUGGGGUACAGGGGUCUGCUGUUUUGUGAGGCUUUUUGUUUUUUGGGGGGAGGGGAUUGGUUUUUUUUUUUUUAAAAAAAGCUAUUGGAAUUCUAA